CCAUCCAUCCUCUCCUCCCUCCUCCUUCGCUUCUUUUCCUUCUCCUCCUCCUCACACACAUUAUCCUCCUCCCUCCCUCCCAAACUUCAGGCCACCGCCGGAGCGCGGGCCAUUCUGCUUCCAAGCGCCCGAGCGCAGCACGCGUGCGACGGCGGCGGCGGCGGCGGCGCUGCAGCUGCUGCUGUUAAAGGUUCUCCAAGCGACCGUCUGAAGCGCGGCGGGAAGGGAAGGGAAGGGCAGAAUUAAAAAGAAACAUAAAAAAGCAAGGCGGGAGCGGCGUUUGAUUCCUCAGUUGGAGAGCCACGCCGCCGCCGCCGCCUUGCCAUCUCCGCGCUGGUCCUGGAGAAGAAGAACGAAGAAUCGGCUCAGCUCCGCCGCAGCUCGAGGUUAAGGGGACAAGAGGCGGGCGCCGAAGUCGAGGAGCCCGACAUUGAGGGGGGCGAAGCUCUCGAAUAGCCUGAGCCGCGGCCGACAAGAGGCGACUCGGCCCAGGAGCCCGCCCGGCCCCGCCCGCCCGUCUCCAUGUUUCAGCUGCCGAUCCUCAACUUCAGUCCUCAGCAAGUGGCCGGGGUGUGCGAGACCCUGGAGGAGAGCGGCGACGUGGAGCGCCUGGGGCGCUUCCUGUGGUCGCUGCCGGUGGCGCCGGCGGCGUGCGAGGCGCUCAACCGGAACGAGUCGGUCCUCCGCGCGCGCGCCAUCGUGGCCUUCCACGGCGGCAACUACCGCGAGCUCUACCACAUUCUGGAAAGCCACAAGUUCCCCAAGGAGUCGCACGCCAAGCUCCAGGCUCUCUGGCUCGAAGCGCACUACCAGGAGGCCGAGAAGCUCCGCGGCCGGCCCCUGGGCCCCGUCGACAAGUACCGCGUGCGCAAGAAGUUCCCCUUGCCCCGCACCAUCUGGGACGGCGAGCAGAAGACGCACUGCUUCAAGGAGCGCACCCGGCACCUGCUCCGCGAAUGGUACCUGCAGGACCCUUACCCCAACCCCAGCAAAAAGCGCGAGCUGGCCCAGGCCACGGGACUCACCCCCACGCAAGUGGGCAACUGGUUCAAAAACCGGCGCCAAAGGGACCGGGCCGCCGCCGCCAAGAACAGGCUCCAGCAACAGGGACUCUCCUCGCAGGGUGCGGGGCGGUCGCUGCCGUCGGAGGAAGAGAGCGCGGGAGAGCCGCCGCUCGGCGCCGCCGCCAGCCCCGCCGCCAGCCUCUCCAGUAAAGCCGCCGCUUCCUCGGCCAUCUCCAUCACCUCCAGCGAUAGCGAAUGCGAUCUGUGAGCAGCAGAAGGAAGGCCCCGCCGAACCUGCGUGGAGUACAGCGCCGAGUCUGCGGACGACGAGGGGGUGUGGGGGGAAACCUAGCGAGGACACAGCGGUACCCCAAGGGCGGCUCUGGAGACGUUACACGGCCAGCUUCGUGGCUCGCCGCCUUCAGCCCUUUGCCUUGUCCGCAGUCCGGGGUUUCUGCGCCUGAGAAACUCCCGGCAACAGGACUCAAUCCGGCAAGGCCCUGCCGAAAGAAAGGCUCCGAAGCCUUGAAUUCUUCGAGUAGGAGCCAUUGGAACGUGUGGAGUCAAACAUCAGGCCGUAGAAAGAGUGACAUACUGCCAUCUUUUAUUUUCCCUCUGGAAUAUCAGAUUGCAAAAACAGUGAUUUUUGUUUAUUUUGUUUUUAGUUUUGUUUUUAUAUAUAUAUAUCUAUAAAUAUAAAUAUUUUAUAUAAUGUUUAUUGAGUUAUUUAAAUUGCUCCGUUGGUAGAUUUGUCUUAUUUGGUGACCAUAAUCAAUAUUAAUAUUAUUGUUAUAUUAUAAUGGGGCGGUGCCUAUGUGAAUAACUGAUACUGUAUUUCAUUUCCUCCAUUUGUGGAGCAUGUGCAGGAUCUGGUAUUGUAUGGAGAAGAAGGGCAGCCAGAAAACGUAAGGAACAAAUGAAACCAGUAUAAUAAUAUAUUCGGUGAGCAAAAUAAAUUCUGCUAUUCCCUUCAUUGUGUUAAAAAAUUCUUAAUCUUGGAAAGAACACCUAUUGAGAAGGGUGGGUAAGUAAAAAUGUGAGAAAGGCAGCUAAGAACAAUACCUGGCAAGAGGAGAUUUGCAAAACAGUGCGCUGCAAUUUACUUUACUCAUGAUUAAUUGUCUCAUUCGGGCUAUUUAAUUAAUUCUAUUAUGAAUUCAUUCAAUGCAAAAUUAUAUACUAACCAUAGGGAUUGGCUUUGCAGAAAAACAACCAUUCUACAGUGUGGAAGACCAGUUCAUUCACUUGUUCUGUUGAGCACACAGCAGUUGAUAGUAGGUCCUUUUCUCAUUUAAGCAACACUUGUUCACUUCAGUUUGGUGGCUUAUGGCUGGAAAUUCAUUUAUAAAGAAAAUUAUUGCUCCAUGCUCAUUACUGAGUCCUCCCCGCCACUGCCUAGGAUUUUAUGAUUUAGGGAUAAAAUGAUCUUACCAGCCAGAUUGAACCAGAGAUAAAGGAAGGGAAGAAAAGAGAAGGAGGGGACAGAAAUGCAUUUACAUUAAAAAAAAGAAAAACAAAGCUAAGUAAAUCUUUUAGCAUCCUGGAAAGAGGCUACAAUCCAUUUUAGCACAUUACUUGCAAUAAGCCCCCUUAAGUCAAUAGGAUAUUCAACUUCUAAGUAAUCAUGCCUAGGUUUGGACUAUAUAUAUUUCUUCUUUUUUUUUGCAGAAAGGAAAGGAGUAGAUGUGAUGAUAGUCUUUUCACUUUCAGAUUCCUAAAUCCCAAUUAUAUGAAGUAGUCAUUUAGAGCAGGGUUACAAAAUUAAUCCUUCUAAAUACUAUAAAAUAUAAUCCUUUAUCUUUUCAGUAUGGAAAAUGAUACAGAAUUGCAGCUGUACUUCAUUUUCUAUAAUAACUUUAUAAUAACAUGGCUAUUGACAAAAAAAUUAACCUGGCCAAUACCAGGAUCCGGGUAUUAUCUUAAUAUUUCAGGGUUUAUAUAAACCUGAAAAAUGCAUGGACCAGUUUAAAAAUAUGCUGUAAAAUAUGGUAUACAAUAUGAUUUACUGUAUACUCCUAUCUACUUAGCAAAAUUAAUAUUAUAUUGUGUUUCAUGCCUCAAUAGUUUUUCUGUGUACUAACUGCAUAAGAUCAGUCCAGAGAUGGGUACAAUCCUAUGACAAUGUGAUCCUAGGUAUAUGUACUCAAGAAAAGGAAAUGCAAGUCACCCUGAAAUAGGUAAGUGUAGGAUUGCAGCAUUACUUGUGUCUUUGAACUAUUGUAACUUCCUUCCAUGUAAGCGUACACAAAAUAGGGCUGUACCAUCAGAUACAAAACAUCAAUCUUUAAAAUCAAGCUUUUAUUUUCAUUCAAAGUUAAAGCACGUUGCUGCCCCCAUUGCCCACCCCACAAAUUAUUCUGGCUAAUGUUAAAAAGUGAUGCUGAUUUUAUUGUAUUUCUAUUCUGUUUCUUUUCCUCUCCACCUUGGAAUUAAAAUUUCAUUAGGCGGAACCUGAAUGUCCCCACCCAGGCCAUGUUCUGAUGCUGUGCUUCUUUAUUGGAACAAGGGGCUGAUUCUAUAACCCAUACCAGAGUCUUUUAAUAAAAGAGCAUAUUUUUGAGUUGCUAGAUAUUUACCUAGGUUCACAAUUCCAUUGAGAAAAACUCCAUUUUUUAAAACUCUGCUGUGGGUCAGACUGAGAGGGGCAGCCAGGUAAGAACCCUGCAAAUGCUUGCCUUGUUGGGUGGAUCUCCCCACUGCCUAACGGGCCCAGAUUUGGUGGAAGAAAGCAAAAGGCCUUUAGCAGGAGUACCAGCUAAGCUGCUUUAGUGUGUGUGGGUUUUCUCCUUCCCCAGCCAAAGGGAUUUUAUACCAUUACAGAGUUUGAGCACUGAUCUUUAAAUCACUUGAGCUGUGCUGUUUCAGUCUUGUUUUUCUGGUUUUUUUUCUUUUUCUUUUUAAAUAAGCUGAUUGCUUGCAGUUUGAUUUCUUUUUGCUGGGAAAAGAAAGGUUCUGUUUUAGGCAUGAAUUCUGUCUAUGUUGCUGAAUCAUUCUACUAUCCAAAGAGUCUAGUUGUAAUUCAACAAUUCAAAUUAAUUUAUUGUAAUGCUAAAGUAAUUACUUUCUUUCGGUAUAUAAUUCAGUUAGUAUGUAAUCCAGUUUGUUCUAAUUCUGAUCCAAAGCUGAUAAAUAAGAAUGAUCCAGUGAAAUACAUAUAUAAUUCUGAA